ACCACCACAAACGGUCCUCCAAUUCACAGACUGCAUCGGACCAUCUGUGCGUGCCAUGGCAUAUGCACCAUCCACAUUCUCUAUGUAACAUCAAUCAUGGAACGACAGCACGUGUUUUUGCAGUUGAAGCCAGCAUGUGUCAACUUGCUACAAGUUACCGCAACUCUUCCCCGGCAACCAAAUACACACACGGCUCUAACCAAAGCUCUCACUACUCUGACACAGACACUUCAAACCAUCAUUUCCCAGGCCGGUCCUCUGGACGCCAAGCUUACAGAAUAUGUCUUUGUACCUAUUUCUCAAGUUCUCCGCAUCUCAGGGACGGUGCCCAUCCACGCUCUCGAGCUUUGCCUGGAAUGCAUUCUACUCCUCUUACAAGGCCGGUGGGGAGGAGCGCUGGCCCCGGAGCUCUCCGGGCAGCUGCUCAUUCUGUUUACCUUCAUGGCUAAGCCUUCCUCGGCCGAAAAUGGCAUAUCCAACUCUUCUGAAGAGCUUCAGGGAUUGGCUCUCAAGUGUACAGCAGAAUUGCUCCUUGAGACAUCUCGUUCACCCACUGGGAAGCAGUAUCUGAUUGCCACGUCGAGUAUCCCGGCACUCGGUGAAGCUGUUCUGGUCAUCCUGGAUAGUUUAACAAACAGCCCAUCAGGCCAGGUCAAACUCGAUGCCGUCGGUGCAUUACGCUCACUAAUAGCGGCGGUUCAAGACAAAGAUGCGCUCGCCAGCUUUUUCCCGCGCGUAGUCUCUUCUCUGACCCGCAUUCUCACGCCCACCAGCAAUAACCGCAUCAAUUUUCGUGUCCUCGAAAAUUGUCUGCAAUGUAUGAAGGAUUUGUUCCUGCUUUUACUAAGCGAUAAAGAAACUAGGCAUCUUCCCAAGUCCAUCCCAAACGCAUCUGAAGAGCAGGCCAAGACGACGCGCUCUCUUCAAUGGCUUCAGGCCACAGCGUCUCAGAUCAAGUUAGCUCUUUCUAACGUUCUCAAAUUGCGGCAGCACGAGAAGCCCGAAAUUCAAAAAUCUUUACUAUCUUUGUGUUUGGCAGUCGUACAGGAUUGCCGGAAGUCUCUUGUUGAAUGCACCGGCAUGGCCAUCGAGACUAUGGUAACGUUGGCUGGCCGAGGAAAUUCAGGAGAUGAUGUCGAAGUCGAUCUACAGCUUCUUUUACGGGCUGACCAAGAGUUGUCUGCACUUCUCCUGGAAAGUCUGUACGGAUGGAUGAUAACAUUGCCAAGACUAAUGCAAUCGAAAGACGACACUGGCAGGCGACAACUGAUUCACCAGAUAGCGAUCACGCUUCGGUUGCUUAACAGGAAUCAAGUCAUUAUUGGCGAUCUCUUGGCGGAUCAUCUUCGGGACGGUGUUUCCUCCGUCCUGGAGGACUCGAAAAUGAUUGAAUCUAUGGUUAAAACCCAACCAUUGAUGACUUGGAACGCAGAGCUGGGUCUUAAAAACUCCGGAAUAUUGUCGUUCGGGCCGUUCCCAUUUCGGCUGAAGGGACAGCAAGAUUUAAUGGGUGACUUUUCUCAGCUGUUGGCAGAGCUUGCCAAGUCUGAUACAGCUGUCUCAGUCGCUCAAGACCUCGUUAAUGGGUUCCGUACCGGCCCACUAACAACUCAAUUGGCCAACCUUUGGAUCGCUAUCAAUCUGGUUCGAGGAAUGAUGGAAGCUAAUCCAUCUAUCGAUGACUUAAUCGAUUUUGGGACACAAGACCCCCAUGAAGAAUCGCUUGACAGUCUAUACUCCCAUUCACUUGAGAUUCUCGCUCAGCAGUACACCGGACACGUUGAAGACUGGCGGAUGUCAGCGCUGGCAUUAGAGGCGAUAGCUAUGCAAGCCGAACGUUACAAAAUCGAGUUCCGGGCUGAGCUCAGCGAAAUACUCUAUCCCGUGCUCUUCCAUCUCGGAAGUCCAACAUCUGAGCUUCGCAUUCAUGCCGCCACCUGCCUUAACAUUGUCUCGGAUGCAUGCGGCUACUCCAGCGCCAGCGAACUCGUUAUAGCAAAUGUGGACUAUGUUGUGAAUGCAGUAGGUCUCAGGCUAAGCUAUGGAGAUGUAUCGCCGCAAGCCCCUCAGGUCUUGCUUAUGAUGAUGCGGCUAUGUGGUCCCUCACUUCUGCCCUACUUGGACGACCUUGUUGGGGCAAUAUUCGGCGCUCUGGAAAGGUAUCACGGAUAUCCCAAGCUCGUAGAACUUUUAUUCGCAGUGCUAAAGGGAAUGGUGGAAGAGGGCGUGAAGGCGCCCCAACUAUGCAUCACAGCAUCGAAUGAGCCACUACCAUGGAACGAACAACAAAAUGAUGUAGUCAAGAUGCAUAAUAUUAUCGACUCCAUUCGAACCAUGGAAGAAACAGCAAUCAUCAAGCAGUCGGCGAAGAUUGAAGAUUUGGGGAUUAAUAGCUUUCCGCGGAAGCCAUGGAAUGAAUCCACAAGUCUUCCGCUAGAGAAUGAGGAGACUGAACUUCAAUCUCCCGAAAAGUCCCCACAAGACAAAAUUCCUCCCGAGCCCUUGACCUUCUCCAUCCUUCUUAAGAUCUCCGAUCUUACGCAAUAUUAUCUCACUUCAUCUUCGCCAUCACUUCGAUCCUCUUUGAUCUCUCUACUUCAGACCACGAUUCCGGCACUCGCUAAACACGAAGAUUCAUUUCUUCCGCUAAUAAACACACUUUGGCCAGUGCUUGUCUCGAGACUGGAAGACCCUGAGGCUUAUGUUGUGGCCAAUGUCUUGGAAGUUGUGUCGUUAAUGUGCGAGCUUGCCAAAGGCUUCAUGAGAAGUCGUAUCGAUGCCAUAUGGGAUUCGUUAAAAGUCGUCUACCGACGCACCACCAAAUAUGAUAAGAGCAACAAAUCACGCAGCAACAACGCUCAAUACAUUUCUCCCGUCGCUGACAGGUCAAUGCUUCAGAAGUCUUCAUCGAAUACGAUAAGCAAUGCAGAUGCGAAAAUCAGCAAUGAGGUCUACGUCACUGCUCCCGCGCACAUGAUCAGGGAAUCUCUGAUCCACCUUCUGUGCUCCAUAGUGAAGCACGUGGAGAUUCGAGAGGAGCAGUUUGACGAUGCACUAAACAUGUUAGAGUCUGUUCUGGAGAGACCUGAUGUGAAAGAGACUCUGUGGAUGAGAAACACUGAUUUAGUGUGGUUGAGGCUUCACCGGCGUGGGCGCCAGGAGUUCGCGGCCAAAGUAGAUGCGGAGAUCCGUCCGGAGAGUGCUCGGUGGAGAUUUACAAAAUUUGCGCCUGAAUGA